AUGGAGACCGAGCAGGUGGUGACCGUGGACUAUGGACCUGAUUGGUCCGAGGAUUGGGCCCUCGGAGAUGGCAUUUGGUUUGGUAUGAGGUGGAUUGGAACCACCAUGAGGGAUGAGUGGCACAGGAGCUGGAUGGGAACCAGUCUUGUGACUGUAGAGAAGCCAAUUGGUGAAGAGCCAGAACCGAAGAAUGCUAGCAGACAUGAGGAUUGGCAGGUGUGCCCAGCAGAAGUCGUGGAUUGGCCCCUCGACUUUGAAGAUGUUCAACCCUGGAAGGGUCCAGAAAGAGUUGAACGGUGUUGGACAGCCAGGGAUUGGAACCCUGACUAUGCCAUUGAAGAGCACUAUGGCUGGGACUUCAACCUGACCGAUGACGAGGCUCUUGAGGUCAUGAAUGGAGGCUUCACUCUGAAGAUGCCCUUGGUCCUUAUGACUGUGGUGAACUAUGGACAGGUCUUCAUCAAAGACAUUGACAUGACCGAGGUGAUGGAGAACAUCGAGUACAAGAAGGCCUAUCGGUCCUAUCGUGGCAUGGUCUUGCGCCAUAUGAUGGAUGGUGUUCCAGGUGGAGAAUGGCAAGUUGAGCCUCGGAAUACUUGGCCAAUCCCACUACGACCUCCAGAAGGCGAAGUACCAGAUCAAAUUAUGAGUGUGAGGUUGAGAGAUGGUGAGAACCAAGAAGAAGAUAACCCAGCAGCAAAUGAGGUUGCAGCAGCAGAAGAAGGUGAGGAUGAAGGAGAAGAAUAUGAUUCAGACAGUGAUGCUCCAAGAAAUGGUUUUCUGCGUGACCAUCAUCCUACCACCAUGGAUUGGAAUCCGGAGCUUGGCCGGAUGUGGGAAUACAGGAUUCUCAGUGGGCCUGAAAGUGCAGAGAGUGGAGAGGAAUUCUUUGUGGAAGAUGAGAAUGGAGUUCUUCGGAGGCAAUACCGCCCUACGGCAUCUGAGAGGAGUGAUGAAGACCUGGACUAUCAGGAAAUGGAAGUGGAUGGUGCUGGCGAGGUGAGCCAAGCACGAGAAGGUGAAGUCGACAAAGCAAACCCUCCUCGUGAUGCUGGUUGGUGGGACAUGGAAACACUCCUGAAAUACCAGAAAGAAGGGCAGGAGGAGAGUGCUCGAAAAGUUCUGUCUCAUGGACUUUUUCCUGAGGCACUUUUCAAAGAGUUUUUGCGCACAAGGCUUGCAGCAGAACAUGCAAGCCGAUUUCCGCACAUGGCAUUCGACCACAUUCUCCAGUGGUCUCGCGAAGAGCGUACAGACUUUGCUCAUUUCGCGGUGAUGAUUUGCACCACCCAGUGGGAAGAAGACUGGGAAGGUCAUGUCGUGGGCUUGGAUGGUGAAGGCUUUGCAGUCCAAGCACCAUCAUCCUUCACAGGCCGGCAACUGCGUCGGAUGAUCCGGGACCAGCUGCCAUGCAAAGCAGGCGCCAGAGUCUCAUUGAAAUGUGGGUCAAACGCCCUGGACGAUUUGAGCCUCGAAGAAGCCUUUGCGCGCGCCGCAACGAGGUGUGUGACUUAUGUAUACGUGCCUGUGAAUCUACAGGAUACCUGGCGAUGCCUCCAACAAGCUGAGCUGUGUGAGGAUGAUGCAGAGCUGAGCUUCCUCGAAGGCAUCACGCAGCUGAAUGGAAUCCAUAGCAUGAGACAGCUUGAGCGGGGUGAUCUUCGGAGCCUGAGAGUCUUGAGUUUUUCUGCUCUCUUUGACCAGACAUUGGAAGGCGUUCUUUUGCCCAGAGAUCUGCAGAGUCUCACAUUUGGCCAACAAUUCAAUAAGAGCCUGGAAGGCGUCAAGCUGCCGAGUCUUUUGCAGAACUUGUCUUUUGGGGAAUUCUUCAACCAGAGCUUGGAGAAGGUGAAUCUUCCACCCAAGCUCAAGAGUUUGAGAUUUGGAACCUGGUUCAACCAGAGCUUGGAGAAAGUCACUUUACCUGUCAACCUUGAGCAGUUGGUAUUUGGGAACAGUUUUAACCAGCGAUUGGAAGGGCUUGCGUGGCCGGGGAGUCUUGAGAGCUUGACGUUUGGUGCAGAGUUCAACCAGAGUUUAGAGCAUGCCACUUUGCCCAACAGCCUGAGGACGUUGAGCAUGGGGCAUUCCUUCAGCCACAGCUUGGAUCGGGUGAAUUUGCCCUGUAGCCUUAUUAGCCUGACGUUGGGCUACCGCUUCCAGUUCUAUCAGAGUUUAGAGCGCGUGGCGUGGCCCAGACACUUGCAGUCUUUGACCUUUGGACAAGCCUCGUGGGCACUCAAUCAAAGAAACAUGCUGCCUCCAAGCAACAUUGUGAGUUUGACCAUUGCAGUGGGCCCUGAGGGAGGCUCUGAGGCGCAGCAAGAACCUGAGGAGGAACCUGCAAGGCCUGGUUCGCUUACCUGGCGUGCUCGCUUGACCAGCUUAACACUGGGCCAUUGCUUCAACAAAAGCUUGGAACGCUUGACAUUCUCUGAGACUUUGCAGAAGUUGAUCUUCGGCCAUGAUUGGGACCAGGGUUUGGUGUGUGUGACUUUGCCUGAAAGCCUCAAGAGCUUGACCUUUGGCAGUUUGUUCAAUCAGGAUCUACAAGGAGUUCCCUUGCCCAGCGGAUUGGAGGAGUUAAACUUUGGAGACUCCUUCAAUCGCAGCCUGGAAGGAGUCUCAUGGCCUCAAGGUCUGCGGAGGCUCAAGUUCUCCCACUUCUUCAAUCAGCGAAUCACAGAUGUCGCUUGGCCCAGCAGCCUUCAGAGUUUGACCUUUGGCGUAGCCUUCAAUCAAAACCUGGAAGAGGUGCUUUUUCCGUGCAGCCUGCAGAAUUUGUCCUUGGGCGAACGCUUUGACCAAAGCUUGGAGCAAGUGAAUCUGCCCAAGAGCAUUCAGACUUUGUCCUUUGGGUCUUCUUUCAAUCAGCCCUUGACUGCCGUGACUCUACCAAACAACUUGCAGAGCUUCUCCUUGGGCAGGAACUUCGACCAAAGAUUGCACGGAGUGGUCUGGCCCGAUGGCUUGCAGAGCAUCACCUUGGGCGAUGGCUUUCGUCAGAACUUGGAAGAGGCGGCCUUCCCGUCGAGCCUUCAAAGUCUGACGCUGGCAAGGGCGACGUUGGAAGCCUUGAGCUCAAAUUGGCCUUUCAGCUUGAGAAGGCUUGAAUGCUCAGGCUCCGCGGCUGGUGAGAAGCUUGCAUGGCCACUGGGGCUGGGUCUGGUGUGCCCAGUGGAGAAUGGGGUCAACACGGCCUACUUCAGUCCGGAUGGCACCUUUGUGCUCUCCGCGGCUGCGGACAAAACGGCCAAGCUUUGGUGUUCCCACACAGGCGGCGUGCGUUGUCCGCGCGCGCGCGUUACGGCGGAGGUGUCGGGGAGGUUUUCGGCCGUUUCGCCGGUGGAACUUUUCAGGUGGAUCCUCACGGCCUCGGCCGAUUGGACGGCGAAGCUUUGGAGCCGAUCCAAUGGGAGCUGCGUCCAGACGUACCAAGGCCAUUCGCAAUGGGUCAACAUGGCCAACUUUGUUUCGUCGUCGGAGGAGAAGAUCGUCACCUGCUCCAGAGAUCCUCGGCUCAAAGACUGUACAGCACGCCUUUGGGCCAUCGGUGGUGAAUGCUUGAGGGUCUUUGAGGGCCACAGCGACUUCGUCAUGGUCAGCUUGAUUUUAGGCCGCGCUGAAAGCGCGCGCGCUGCCUCAGUCAGGGGCAGAUCGGUGACUGUGUUUACCUUUUUUAAGUGGUGA